AUACACUUGGACUACACCUCCCAUAAUCCUUUUGCCACAGGCGUGUCAGGAGACCGGAAGACGUUUCGUGUUGUUUCUAGAAGGGAGCCGUGAGGAGUAUCUGUAAGGAAGCACCAAUGGAGGGCGAAUCCGAGACAUUGGCUGCUAUGGCCGAUUCUUUGAAGGUCUCGGAUACGAGAGGACAUCCAGAUGGCCAGAGCGCUAGAAAGCAGGACGAGGACUGUUUCUAUGACUGUGUGGAGACCUUUCAUGCAGAGACAACGUCACAGGCCUUGAAUCAAACAGAGAUGACGCACAGUGAAGGGACAGUAAAUGAAUCACAAAGAGAAUCUGUCAGAAACCCUGACACGGGUGAAGAAUCUGUGCAGGCUUCUAAUCCGUUUGAAGGAAGUGCUGCUACGAGGAGACAUGAGCCACCGGAGAACGAUACGGUGCCAGGAGAGGAGGAAGAUGAAAAGACGACAGACAGCGACUCCGAAUUCAAGGAAGAGGCAGCAAAGCCUACUGAGUAUGAUGACGAGCAUUUACGAGAAGCUCAGAAAAGCCUGACCGAGGAGGAGAAAGAGAGUAGAAAAGUAGAGAGUAUGGCGCUGAAAGAAAAGGGAAAUGCACACUUCAAGAACCGGGAAUAUGUAGAGGCGCAGAAAUUAUACACCGAUGCCCUGGCAGUGUGUCCUGUGUGUUACAGCAAGGAGAGAUCCUUCCUCUUCUCUAACCGAGCGGCAGCCCGGAUACACCUGGAAGAGAAAACAGACGCCAUCAAAGACUGCACUAAAGCUAUAGAACUGAACCCAGACUAUGUGCGCGCCAUUCUACGGAGAGCAGAGCUGUAUGAGCAGACGGAGAAGCUGGAUGAAGCUCUGGAGGACUACAAGACCGCUCUGGAGAAAGACCCAAGCAUCCCAGUAGCAAGAGAAGCCUGCUGUAGAUUACCACGACAGAUCGAGGAACGAAAUGAGAAACUGAAAGAAGAGAUGCUAGGUAAACUCAAGGAUUUGGGCAACAUGAUUUUGCGUCCUUUCGGACUCUCCACUGCCAACUUCCAGGUCAAUCAGGACAACAACACGGGAUCCUACUCUGUCAACUUUGUUCAGAAUCCCAACAGCAACAACAGAUAGCAGCACGAAGCUCCUUCUCCAGCACAGCAGCAGCUACCUGACUAAACGCCGCAGCCCACCAACCACACGUUUGCCAGUGUCUUGUCGUGUAACACUAUAAAUUCUGCUUAAAUUAUAAGUAAAGACGAUUGUGGACCAUCACCACUUGGUCACCGGUUGUCUUUAAUGGUGUUGAGGUUACGUUUACAAAACUCCUUGCAAACUGACUCAAAAACCUAGACUAUAAAUCACAUAAGCAUGAAAGAAAAUAAAUCGGAGAUUGCAUGACAAAUGCUACAGUACCAAACAUUUAUUUAUUUUAUGGAAUGUAAUAGUAGAUAUCUGAAAAUACAAAAAAAAACUAUCCAGCAAAAGUUUGUACCCCUUUUUUGUUUUACCCCCUACUGUUUUAACGUUUGGAAUGAUCCAAGUCAAUUUGUCCCCUUCGAAGGACAGGUCACUGCAAAUCAAUAAAAGCUUCUCUGGGCUUA